CAAACCUCCUACAGUGGCCGUGCGGGGGCCAUGGAGCAACCGUGGCCACCGCCGGGACCCUGGAGCCUCCCUCGGGUCGAGGGGGAGGCGGAGGAAGAGAGUGACUUGGACGUGUCCCCCGUUUCCCCUCGCUGCCCGCAGCUGCCGGGCGGUGGCGCCCAGCUGUACGGCCAUGGGAUUGAGCUGGCUUGCCGGAGGCAGACGGAGCGCGUGAAGAGCUCUGUGGCGUGCAGAUGGGACCUCGCCGAAGCCCAGCAGAAACUGGGCAGCCUCGCGCUUCACAACUCCGAGUCCCUGGAUCAGGAGCAGGCCACGGCGCAGACAGCCGCCUCCGAGCUGCGGCAGCGGGAGGAAGAGUGGCGGCAGAAGGAGGAGGCCCUGGUGCAGAGAGAAAGGAUGUGUUUGUGGAACGUGGAUGCCAUUAGCAAGGAUGUUUUUAAUAAGAGUUUUAUUAAUCAAGAUAAAAGAAAAGAAACAGAAGAUGAAGAUAAAUCAAAAUCAUUUAUGCAGAAAUAUGAGCAAAAAAUCAGACAUUUUGGUAUGUUGAGUCGUUGGGAUGAUAGUCAGAGAUUUUUGUCUGACCACCCAUACCUUGUAUGUGAAGAAACCGCUCAAUAUCUUAUUUUAUGGUGUUUUCACCUGGAAGCUGAGCAGAAAGGGGCUUUAAUGGAACAAAUAGCACAUCAAGCUGUUGUAAUGCAGUUUAUUAUGGAAAUGGCCAAAAACUGUAAUGUGGAUCCAAGAGGGUGUUUUCGUUUAUUUUUCCAGAAAGCCAAAGCAGAAGAAGAAGGAUAUUUUGAAGCAUUCAAAAAUGAACUUGAAGCUUUCAAGUCAAGAGUCAGACUUUAUUCUCAAUCCCCAAAUGUUCAACCUGCGACAGUUCAGGAUUGUGUUCCCCAUUCUGGUUUAUUAGAACCCUUACCACAGAAUCCAGAUUAUCUUCAGUAUUCUCCCAGUACAGCUCUCUGCAGUUUAAACUCAGUGGUACAUAAAGAAGAUGAUGAACCCAAAAUGAUGGACACUGUAUAAUUUGGUUAAGACUGCUGAGGCCAAGUGCUAUUUUGUUACAAGAAAGGAAGAACUUGGCUAUUUUCUUGACACUUUUAUGGGUGCUGCACUUUAUUUUUGUUUGGUUUUUGAUGGGAGCGGAAAAAAAAAAAGUACUGAAACGUUUUGUAACUUUUUUUAAUGUGCUGCUAGGUUUUUUUGUUUUGUUUUCUGAAGAGAGGAGUGAUACCAUAUGUUGCAGGAAGUCAAACUGGACUUUUUUCUUUUGGCUACUAAAUUUGCCUUUAAUCUGAAUUGUUCUCUAUUUUGGAAUCAAAGUAUGAAAAUGUGCACAGAUGCAAUGUUUACAAGAACUGGUUGAUUCUAGGAGGCGUCUGCUACCGUCUCUUUUAUAUGGAUGUGUAUAUGUCCUACUCUAUAAAAAUGAUUAAAGAGAAAAACGUACUUGUAUUCUGCUAAUUUAGCUGUCAAAGAUCUGGGGUGUCGUCACAUUAAAAGCAAUAAAUCAGUAGUUGGUAAUCUACUAAAGAA